UUAAAAUAGUCAGAUGCACCUCUACAAUUGUCGCAUGAGUCACCAACAAAUCAACAAGAUAUUAUACUAUAAUACGUUCUAGUAACACCUCAAUAUAUCUCAUAAAGCCAAUGUAUAAUGUCAAACAUCUGCUUAGUGCGGUAUCCACUGCGUCGAAUCUGAGCAAUGUCGCUGUUGAAACCGUCUCCAGAUAAUUUCGAACACAACGAUGUCCAGGCAGUGCUGGUGAGUGAAUCGAAUUCCCCACAGCCGAUCAGACUUGAAAUUAAAUCGGCGGUUAUUGUCAUUGGAUAUAUACCGAGUCAUUCAAAGAGUUUUGCAUUAAACUUCCUAUGCCGAUCGACUGGAAACAUCGCCCUGCAUUUUAAUCCCCGAUUGGAUCGAGGAUAUUGCGUGAGGAAUUCCAAGGUCAGGGGAUCUUGGGAGACUGAAGAGACUUGCUCAAGACUUGGAGGAAUAAAUCCACUUUUUCCAAGAAAUGCGUACUUCCAUGUUUUGAUAUUCUGUGCAUCGAGAGAGUUUCAGAUCGCAGUCAAUGGCGAACACUUAUGUGACUUUCCAUAUCGACAAUCUCUUGAAUCGAUUACAAAUUUUCAAGUUGUGGGAGAUGUCGAAGAUGUGAGAAUCCGUUUGACAAAAUUGAAUAUCUAUCCGGAUCCAAAAAUUGUUAAACCCAGUCGAUACCUUGAACUCUCCAAGAACCAACCCCUCUUUGAUAAUCUCAAAGUUCCAUGUACAAUUUCCCUCGCUCGACCCCUCGCAUUCGGAACCAGAAUAUUCAUAAAAGGGCGUUUGAAACUCUUACCCCACUCUUUUUACGUAAAUCUUCAAAAAAGUCAAUUAAUCUAUCCCCAUCCGGAGAUUGCUUUGCAUUUAAAUCCGAGAUUUCUCUACGGAAAUCAUCCGUCCUGUGUCGUGAUGAAUUGUUGGACCAAUGGAGCUUGGAGUACAGAAGAAAGACACGAGGGACAGUUGUCCUGGGCUCCUGGGCGUGACUUUCUCUUGACCAUUGAGUGUGAAUAUGAGGGCUACAAGAUCUGGUUGGACACCAAGCUGAUCGGCAUAUUCCAGCAUCGAUUGGAGCCAACAAUAGUCGACACCCUUCACAUAAGUGGUGACGUGGUUAUCUACCAAAUACUCCUACUCAGUGACUGUUUCGUAGAUAACAACAGUGUUCAUUCCCAAAAAGUGAAAAACAUCUGCCAAAGGAUGAGUCAACAAACGAUCCAUUUUUCGAGCUAAUUAGCUUCCCCUCAAGUCAAGUUCAUGUUCAAGUACUUCUAUCUCCAGCCGCGUCUGGAGUUUUUUUUUAAUGUAUAUUUUUAUUUAUUCUGAAUGCUCGAGAAAUGCCCAUCAUGUUGUCUCAUUCUUCACUCCUUCAAUAAAAUGCAUAAAAUCAAAAAAAAAAAUUGAAUGAUAACUCAAAAAAAAAUAACGAGAAGCAGCUAGUUUUGUGAAGAUAUAUUCUCUAUUAUCAAUUAUAUUAAUCACAUUUGGCAUAUUUUACAAUGUGUAGCUUCUCGAUGUAUAAAUCGUCAUGAAAUAAAAAAUAUUGAAUAUCUAACA